UGUUCCUGCUGUUCUCCCACCAUCUAGUGCACUACAUGAGGAACAGUGAGCGCUUCGGUGACUGGAAACCGCUUCAACAACAACAUCAACAACAACAUCAUCAACUACUAACACAAAUCCGCAGCUUCUCGUUCCGCUCCCAGUGCAAUUUUCUUUUUCUUUUUGUUUAAAUACUGCAGUUAAAUAGUCUUUAACCAGGACGUUUUGAUUUUGUUUACAACAACAACAACAACAACGUUGUGUCACUAACGUAAUGGAGCUCAAAUUUUAGAUAAGGAAAACUAACUUUCUGUUACGUUUCUGGUAAUAUCACUGUUAAAUAAAAGAGUUAUUAACAUGGAAAGUGUCGGGAAAUCAGCUAAAGCUGCUAAAAAAGACAGCAGACCUCCUGAGAGAUCAGCACAUGAUAAGAAGCGAGGGACGCUGUCAGAGGAAUAUCUGUCCACUAUGAAUGAAGAGAUUAUGAUGAGUCCCACUGUCAAAGGAGAGGACAUCUCGGCCUUGGCAAUCAGACCUGAACAUCUGGAGAAGCUGCGAACCCCUCAGCCCCCAAAAGACUCCCAGAAUCCCCGAGCGACCAGCCGCGUGCUGGUCCGUAAGACCCGCCCCCGCUCUGAUGAUCUCAACACUGGUGUGAAGGUUGCCAUGGCGAAGCUCCUCCCAAAGAAUGCUGUACUGCAGCCACUGGAUUAUACAGGUCCAGGAGGGCCACGCUUUGAUGCCCAGGGCAUGGUCCUGCCACACAGCAUCCUGGGAAGUCUGGAGGACUUUAGGAAGGAGAUGGAGGCUAGAGGAGAGGUGGAGCUCAUUAAGCGAAUUCCUGACGUGAACAAGCAACAACAUUUUGACUUUGAAGCACAGAAGCCUGAAGAGAGGACCAGAUCUCAUCUAGGUUCUGAGCGGGACCAGCAACGCCAUGCCCUUAAUCACUGGUGUUAUCACAUGGCAGAGAGACGCAGGCAGCAGAACUUCAUCUCCGAUUUGUUGCAGAAGCCGGUGGAGGAUCUGCUGAUGAACCAGGCGAACAGAUUCAGAAAAACUCAGGAGCAGAGAGAACUGAUCGGUCGAGGACUUCCCGCACUGCACUAUGGACAUGGUGCCCGUGUGGGCAGUGAGUUCUGGAGUGUUCCACAGCGAUUUGGGGAUGAACUGAGUGGAAUUACAGCCACACUGACCCAGACAGAGAGAGGACAUGUGAAACCCAUUACAUACAUCACACAGCCUCAUAGUACACGCCUAGAGUCAGGAAAUGUGCUGUCUGAGCACUCAGUGAGUAGACCAUGGAGUCACAGUCAGUACCUGAAGCAUCACCAAAAUGAACUCCGAAAUGUACUGAGCAACCUCGGCUUCAAUCAGCCUGACGCGGAUGGGUUGGAGAUUGUGGGUUCUAGUCAACCUUUCAUGUCUGAGUCAGUGGAGUGCUAUAGGAAGCAUGAGCAGAAUGAGGAGGAGAGGAGGAGCGAGGGAUCGCACAAAGAGAAUGAGGACCCACUGGCGCUUUUUGAUGAUGUCAUGCUAGAUGUGGAGCUGCUUCCUGCUCUGAGUAUCAGUGGUGAACUGGCACGCUGGAACGGAAACACCACCUCUCAUCAGGGAGAAGUUGGUAUCUCUGUCUGCCUGACAUUUGAGGCUGUGGUGGGUGAGAGCACAAGUUCUCACCUGGAGCUAAAGAAUGAGGGGAGCACGGCCAUCUACUACAGCUGGCAGAAACUGGAGCUGCCACACAGCUUUCCUGAGGCCAGAACAUACACACACGCUCAACAAUUCUUCUUUAACACAACAACAGCUGUGAUACUGCCAGGUGAUACUGAAAGAAUUCUGUUCACCUUCAAGACUGUGCAUCCUGGGAUCAUGAAAGAGGCAUGGAAGCUGCACACACACCCUGUGCUGAUGGGUGGAGCCACACUUCAGGUCACACUCAAGGGCAUGGCUCUAUACCAGGACAAGAUAGCUGAACAGAGAGCAGCCCUGGAGCUGGAGCUGGAGCAGCGAGUGGCCAUGUCAGUGUGCAGAUCUGUGGUGUUUGACUUGCUGCAUGGGAUUCGUACUCCAGAGAGGCCACAUUCACCAGUUGAACUCUAUAUGACAGAGGAGGAACAAUUUAAUGCCCAGAAUCCAAAUCUGCACUAUCAUCAUGAGCCAGUGGAGGCACUGAAGGGCCUGUGGCAGCAGGCAAAGGUCGCAUUGUCAGGAGACGUAGAGAACGGAUACACACAUGGCCCUGUCUGGGAUCUAUCUAUGAGCAGACUUCAUCAGGUGGUGAUGUCUUUGCCACCAGGAGACGCAGACACACACGAGGAGAGUGCGGGACUCUGCAGGGAGGAAGCGCUCAGCCAAUACAAUGUGUUACUGUUGCAACUCCACCAGUCACAGCCCGCCUCCGUCCCACUCACACCGCACGAAAUAGGGUUGCAGUUAUGGAGGGAGCUGUUGGAUGGUUUAGCCAGUGAGGCUUUGUGGCUCAGACAUGUGCUGGGACUUCCUGAGAACGAUAACUGGGGAGAUACACAUUAUGAAGCAGACAGCAGGGAAGCGCCAACGAAGGAGGACAUGACGGAAAGAAAAGCACCACUGAUUAACGAGAAGGAGGAGAAGAAAGGUGCAGCCAAUCGUGCAGCCACGAACAGACCUGCUGAGGAACAUGGCCAGAGUAAGAACAAGCCCAAAGAGGAGGAGGUGUUGGGUUUGGAGAAGAACACAAAGCCAUACUCCACCACAACAAGUCCAAACACAGAGAAUGCUCAACAACAGGACAACAUCAAUCCUGAGCUACAGAAAAGAUACCGAUACACUCUACAGCGACAGGUGUACACCCUUAUGGAGAAAAUGAUUGAUUCUCUUGGAGAUCUGCUUGAGGAAUCUCACCAAGACCAAGAAAACCUACACAACAGCAACUGAAACAUUUCUCCCUAUCAUUUAUCACAGUGCACACUCGCGACUAGGGCUGCACGGUUAUGGCCAAAAUGAUAAUCCCGAUUAUUUUGAUCAAUAUUGAGACCUCGAUUAUUUAUCAUGAUUAUUCAUUGAUUUUAGGGACAACAUAUUUUUAUUGCACUUUCACAUUUAAAUAAACAGGCCGCUGCUUUCACCUCCA